AUGCCUCAAGAAGAGGUGCAGGCACCUCAAGAGGAGAGCCAGCCUCUGCGUAGCGAUAUUGAAGAACUGGCUGAGCAGGCUACGGAGCAAGAAAUUAACUCGUUUUUACAACAAGCUGAAAUUCAUGCCCUCGACAAAGAUCUGGCUAAAGAGGAGCGGCAGCGCGUCGAACGUGCCAAGGCAGGCCAUGCACCCCAGCAUGCCACAGAGAGCACAGAGACACCGUCUGAUGCACCUUCUACCGCCUCGGAAAACGCUGAGGAAGCUGCACCUCCCUCUGUCAAUCACGAACAAGAUGACCUUGCUGAUUUGGACGAAGAAGAGUUGGAUAGCUUCAUUCUCAACGACGAGGAAGUGAAAAUCAAGGAGCGAGUGUGGAUGGAGUUCAACAAGGACUAUUUAGAAGCUGCAUUGGCCCGCCAACUCAAGCUUGAAGCUGAUCAGAAGGCUGGUAUCGCGCCUGCACCUCGAAAUCGCAAGCGGCAAAAGCCGCGCGAUGCCACCACAGCCCCCACAGGCUCAGCUGCCGAGUCAGCUAAGCAAAUGAUGCAACAGAAACGCUGGUCUCGUCGCAUUAACUAUGAUUCCAGCAGUAAGGAUCCUCAGCAUCCGAGCUCAAAAACCGUUGGUGAAGACGCACCGGAAGACAUCGCUGCUUUGGAGGAAGACACUGAAGAAGAAAGUGACGAGGAUGAUGAGGGUGGUCACACUUCCAAACGGACCCGUACUGAAGACGACUGGAUGGCUUUAGGUGGCCUUAGAAGGCCCGCCUCAGACGAUGAGGAGGAUUACAAUGAGAAUGAGAACAACGAUGUGUGGUAA